CCAUUUAAGAACUUUCCCGCCAAAUCUCCUCCCCAACCCGGACUUUCCUUCUUUCUUCAAGGACACUGAACCAGAGCAUCUUAACUCACAGCAUAGCUUGGCUUCACCGGCGCAGGCGGUCACCGGAGCGUAUCAAACAACCAUGGAAAUUGUCCGAUCUGAAUCUAAACCUUCAGUUUCCGGCGGCGUCGUUUCGACUCUCCCUAUCUACCGUUCUGCUCCGCCUCUCGAGGUCAGACUCGAAGACUUCGAGCAGUUUGCCGUGGAUCGCCUUAAAGUAUUGAGAUCAAUUUCUGAUGGAUUGUCCCGGGGAAAGAAACCAGAAGAAAUGUCAAAAUUGGUAUUAGGUCUAUGGAAGGACAAUAUGAGGCAUUCACAUGCAUCCGAAGAUAUUGAAAAAGACAUAAUUUCACACUUUGUUUUACGGCUUGUUUAUUGCAGAACGGAGGAACUAAGGAGAUGGUUCCUUUCAGCAGAGACCACCUUGUUUCGUUACCGUUAUCAGAAUGAAACUACAGCUGUCCAGAGGACUAUAGCGGCAGAUCUUGACCUUUCUUACAAAGCUUUGAGCAAUGCUGAAUUUGAGGGCAUACAAGACAAAUUGAGCCAAGUUGCGCGUUCCAUCGGCCAACCUUUUUCAAAAGCUGAAGCAAUAUUUUACAAGGUGCCAUUUGAAGAGGUUCCAGAACUAGUGGCUGGUCGAAGGGUAUAUAUACAUAAAGGGAAUGCAUACAUUGCUGCACAUCAGUUGGUUUCUUUUGUUAUCAAUCAAUUCCGUAGCAAUCUAUCAAAAGCGCUCGCUCUCACAAACAGGAAAUGGACAUCAAUGAUUAGAGAACAAGAGAAGGAUAGAUUAACUCCUAUAGUUGAAGCCCUAUCAACUAGUUAUUUGGGUCCAGAUUAUAACCAGCCACAGGAAAACACAGAAAUUUCAUUGAAGGAUAUUGAUCAAGCUGCGAAGACUUCAUUUCCUUUGUGCAUGCGUCAUCUUUUCGAGAAGCUACGAGAGGAUCAUCAUCUGAAGCAUGGAGGAAGGUUGCAGUUAGGCCUGUUCCUAAAGGGUGUUGGGAUAAAGCUGGAUGAUGCCCUUGCAUUUUGGAAGUCCGAGUUCUCCAAAAAAGUUGGUGCUGAAAGGUUUGAUAAAGAAUAUGCAUAUAGCGUACGUCACUAUUACGGGAAAGAAGGAAAGCGAAUGGAUUGCACACCUUAUUCUUGCCAAAAGUUAAUAUCAUUAACACCUGGUAUUGGAGAUCAUCACGGAUGUCCCUAUCGCCAUUUCAGUGAAGAGAAUUUACGAGCUGCCCUAAACAGGAUGGGAGUUGGACACCUUGCUUUGGAGGAUGUGAUGGGCAAAGUGCGGAAUAGACAUUAUCAGGUGGCAUGUACAUUGACCUUUGAGGCUAUUCAUGGCUCACCAUGUGAUGCUGGGAUUAGUCAUCCAAACCAAUACUACACAGACAGCAGAAAAAUCUUAGAGUCUAAGAAGAACUCCACCAAUCUCUGAAGAGGUGUUUUACUACGCACUGUUUUGUUAAUGUUCCUUCAAAAGAAUCAAAACCCGAGUCUUGCAUGACCAUGUGUACUGAGCAAGCUAAUAGCAUUCAUUUCCAUUCUUGUUUGAUGGGAGACCCAGGGAAGUCAUAUCCAAGUUAUUAUAGGUACACUUGAACCUGCUCUACAUAUCCACAUUGCCAGGUGUGUCUGUAACACCAAUUUUGUAUUAUGUGAGAUAUAUAUUGACAUCCAAGACUGAGAGAACAACCCUACAGAUAGGGGUGCUAUAAUCUCUCUUGUAUAUAUUCAUCCCCUCUCCCUCUUGAGAUAUCUCAAUGCUAAUUGAAGGCUUAUGAUAUGUUGAUUCCUAACUUAACACCAUGGUGAGUUUGGGCAUUUCAAUAUAUUAAGCUGUU